UAUUCAUGACGUCAUUUGAUGUGUUCGUGUUUUUAAGUCAUCAAUUCCCAGCCCAGUCGUUUCAUUUCUAAAACAAAGACGUAAAAAUGCAAUUAAGAUGACAAAAAAGUAUCGACGACAACCAAGAGCGGCGAUUCCAGGAGUGGCGGCCAUGCUGGUGUUCACACCUAGUGCCAGCUACCACACGGCGCAUGACUGUAUCUAUGACAACGACUCAUUCACCGAGCUCCUCUACGAGGAUUUCGACUCCUACGUCAUCAGCCCAUGGCAGUGGGUAGAAGAUCACGAAAUUGAUGUCCUUAGCAUUUUUAUCGUCCUGUUUGCCAUAGCAACCGUCGUCAUGAACGUCUGUGUCAUCGUGACCUUUGUGCGCCAGAAGAUCCUGGCGGCGUUCAACAUCAUUCUCCUCGGCAUUUCCGUCUUCGACACGCUCACUGUGCUAGUUCCGGCCGUCGCCGAGGUGACAGUUCUAUUUUUAGGCCAGCGUCUGCCGAAAGACAUUUCGGUCGAACAAUGCCAAGCGUGGGCGUACAUGACGAAGUACCUGCCAACCAUUGCCCACAAUGCAUCUGUAUGGUUGACAGUGGGACUCGCUUACGAUAGAUAUAUUGUCGUGAAAAGGCCGUUUAUUUCCAAACGGAAGUACACACGGAAGCGUAGCGUUAUUAUGAUCUGCGUCGUGUUUUUACUGGCGGUUCUUUCCAACUUGUGUCGCUUCUUUGACACGGAUUAUAUGAAUGUUAAAAUUGUGUCCGCGGAGAAUGUCAUGGAAAUGAUACGGGAAUCAAAAGAACACAAUUUUGAAAAUGUCACUGUUAAUGUAGACUUUGGACAGAUCUCAAAAGAGCUACUUGAACAAACAUGCCGCUCGUCGAAAGGCCACACAUCAUGUAGAGCGGUGUACAAACCAUUCUUUCGAGAUUUCAAACUAUACGAGUUCUGCUUUUAUUGGUUUGUGAUCAUAUUCGUGAAGUUCAUUCCCUGCAUUACUUUAUUAAUAUUAGACACACUUAUGCUGCGCGCUCUUCGAAAAGCUGAGAAACUGCGUCAUAACAUUUCCUAUCACUCGUCAAUCGCCGCUGACACAAUGCCCGGUGGACGGAAACGAUUUUUCAACGAAAGCAGACGAAUGACCGUGCUUCUUUUCGUAGCCAUAAUUAUUGUGGCAGUCGUUGAGCUUCCAAUGGGGUUUGUGCUCAUGUUCUGGACUUUAGCGGAACUUCACGGACAGAAAUUCAUGUCGGAGGAAACGCUAAGUGACCUGAGUCGAACUGCGAACAUUUGCGUCUACGUUAGCUACCCGUUUAUAUUUCUUUUGUACUGUUGUAUAAGCGCUAAAUUCAGGGCGGGGUUUUGUCGGCUAUGCUGCUUUGCAAAGAAGGGAAACUGCCAGCCACCCUCCACAUGCGGCUUAGAAUCGAACCUUUGAGCCCAAUCCGCUUUUAUAAGGCAGUUAACAAAUAUAUUUUCAGUGCAGUUUAAAUGUUCAUUAAUUGUAUUUAACGUUAAUGUCCGUAUAAAGCUUAUUUACUAAAAUUUAUUUCUUUUGUAAGAAAUGUGUUUAAAUAAUGUCGCGUUGUACGUAGAUGACGUGCACAUAUGUAAAUAAAAUUUUACGUGAUUUUUAUUGAUUA